AUGCCGGUAGGCUGGUCCUCUUCCUCUUCUUCAUCGGAUGAGGAACUUCGUAUGAGGCUGAUGGCUAACUUGAGGGAGAGACGUGUUUGUGGGAGAGCGGGCCCUUCUGCACCCUCUCGUUUUGUCAUGUACAACGGUGAUAGUAUAGUAGUAAAAUGUGGAACUGUAUUUUGCCCGUUGAGGAAAAGGUACUUUCAUUUACAAGCAGUGAAACGAAACCCAGCAGCAUAUUUUGGAGACGGUACUCUAAGGAGAUACGAGCGUAGCUCCCUGUCGUUGGAUUCAAUCUAUCUAAUUGACGCCUCAAAGGAAAGGAAUAUAAACAACCAAUCUAGGCGGGUGAACCUUCUCCAGUCAGUUGAUAUCGGGUUUUAUAUAUAUGACAGCCAGAGCAUGUCUUGUAAUUCUAGUUGCGUGAAGAAUUCGAGUUCGAAAGUUUGCACGGAUUUUCGUUACGAGAGGGUGACGAGACCCGAAAACUUUAUGAGAUCCGUAAGCUCCCCAGAAGUGUUACGGACUCAAAGUUGUUCCUGGGUGCCUGUGCCAUAUCAAAUACACCCUUCAUGUAGUGUGGAGAGUUACGCCCCUGGGAGGUUUGCCUUCUUUGAGAGGGGAACUCAGCACUGUCUAAGUAUGGUGGAAAAUGAUACUGUGACUCACCAUCAAAUUGAUUCAAUAGAUAGUGGCGGCUCUGCUGUAGGAUUUUACGUCAGGGGAAGAGUGGUUGUGAUAUUACAGGGAAAGUUUGUUCGUUGCCUGACGUGGGACCCCGACAAUUCGUUUAUCUCCCCCAAAUGUGUGUUUACUGCCAACUUGAAUGCGGUAUUUUCUUGCCCGAUAUUUGCUUCUUUACCAGGUGAUGCCGAAGAAGCGUGUAUCAUAUUUGGAACCGGUCGGAGUAUUUUCAGUGUUGCAGUGCCGAAGGAAGACUCACCCCUACUGAAGAAGUUAUGCGCUUUUAGUGUAACGCCUCUUUCCUCACUGGAAACAUUUUCGUUUGGACGCAAGGACAAUACUCUGCUUCUAUGUGGAAUGAGGAACGGGACAAUUCAGGUUCUUCCACUUUGUGAUCCCAAUCCACGGGGGGUCAGCGGCGUAGCGCCACGCCACGACAAGGCUUGUGUAUCUUAUGUUCGGCGCAUAGAAAACACGUUUAACUUCGUUUCCGUGGGUAGCAACGGUGAAAUAAAGUUGUGGGAUUUGAGAUAUAUGCAUGUUAACACACCUGUUGGUCAAAUGGGUUGUGAUGUUGCUGCUUCAAGAUAUUGUGGGUCCGAAGCCGUAUUCAUGGAUGACAUCGCGUGCGUUACAUCUGCCAACGGGCACAUUUCUUGCCUAAAUGCAAGGAAAUGGGCCCAUAUCGGCCGAUUACAACGAAUUGCUGGAGGUAAUAGGCGAUUGCACAUCAUUGAGAGUUCUUGUGGUUAUGAUCUGCUGGACGCUGACGAACUGGGAACGGUGAGUCAUGCACUGCCUGUUACAUACUCCUCUUAUGGAAUGCAAACUGAUAUGCCCUUAUCAAAAGUUAUUUAUCUUUACCGUGUUGCAGCGUCACUUUCCCCCUCCUUUCAUUGCUUUCAAUUCCUGUCCGUAUGCGUACUAAUUCGCAAUGUUUAG